AUGCUGUUAUUCCGUGAAAGACACCACGAGAAAAAGUAUGCUUAUAAAGGCGAACUUGUUUCAGCGGAGUUCCCACCCGAGAGACGAAAACUUCAUCCUCUGUUGCGUACGCCAGUUCUUGCCGGUGGAGAACGCAUGUAUAAAUAUCCAAGGAGGCAUUAUGAUAUUCGUGGACCUGAGACUGUGAAUAAUUUUCUGAAGCACUCCCAAUUCGGAAUUCAGUCCCUUGAGGGAGGUGAACUUAAGAUUGGCCAUCUUGAUAUGAUAAGACAAACAAUUAACCGCAAAAUCGACGAGAAUCGGAUGUUUGCUGUCUGGCGAGUACCUGGUCCGUGGAAACCUAAAACCCAAAGGUCCCUUGGCAAACGCAUGGGUGGAGGAAAAGCCGACAUACAUCACUACGUGACGCCCGUCCGCGCAAACAGGAUCAUAAUAGAAGUUGGUGGCCAUUUGGACUGGCGAGAAGCGUCCCGCAUACUAACUGGUGUUGCGGAUCUACUGCCAUUCAGUGCUCGCUUUGUGUCACAGGAGUUGUUGGACACAGAAAAUAGGCUGGAGUCAUACAUUCUCGCCCAGAAUGUUAACCCCUUCUAUCCACCUGGUAAGACACUAUUGAAGAACUACGCCGGAUCGCGGUCAUUCAUCAGUCCCUGGCACCUCGAGUGGGGGGAAACAGAUUACAAGUGA